UGUAUUUGUAAGAUCAAACAAAUAACUAAAUACGAUGGGUGUUAAAAAUUUCAUGUUAUGGGCAUUUCUGUGCACCACCAUGGUAAACGCUGUCAGAUUUGACAUCACUAAUAGAGAGGGUGGUCCUGUAUGGGUUGGUAUUCAAGGAAACCCUGGUCAUGAACAUUUACGCAAUGGGGGAUUCGUCUUAAAUCAAGGACAAACGACUUCCGUAAAUGCUCCUGACAACUGGGCAGGGCGAUUUUGGCCUAGGACAUGGUGUGACCCUAAUUCAAAGCAUUGCAUGACCGGUGACUGUGGAAAUAGAGUAGAAUGUGCAGGAGCAGGAGGUGUACCUCCUGCUACCCUAUUGGAAAUUAAAUUGAAAGGAGACGCUGGGCUAGAUUACUACGAUAUCUCUCACUUACCACCUUUUUUUAACUUUUUUAUAGGUCAGUACAACUCACCUAGUGCAUGCGAUAGCAGAAGAUGGCCCGUCAACUAUCCAGGUUAUUUCAAAGGAAAAUGUCCCGCUGCCUACAGCUACGCGCAGCGCCGGUUUAAGCAUACCGCGCACUUAUGCGCAGCGCGGCGCGGCGAAGCGCGGCGAAAAACCGUGCAACGGAUUAAAUUUGUGUUAUAUAAUGCACGUCCGCUGACUCAAGCGAAGCAACUGCUCGCAAGACAACAGGUGAGCCAGCCGCGCGCCGAAACGACGUUUGUUGCAGACCUGGAAUCCAAAGCGAGGAAAUUCUCUUCGGCGCGCUUCGCGUGCCCUAGUGCGCUGUGGUCUGCAGAGAAACUAUCUCUGUUUUCGGUCAUUUUCGAAAUCUAUUUCGGGUGUCUAUUUUCUUUCGUCUUCCAGAAGAUCUGA